GGUUUUAUGUUACCCAUUCAAUAACUCCUUUGUUUUGUAUUUGUUGUGAUCGUGUAUCCCAUUUCCUUCCUACAGCAAGAUUAUUUACUGGAAUUCCUUCAAUAGUUUUUUGUGAUAAUCCUCCUAAAGCUCGCAGAUUUGUUUGAUCUCCCAGAUUCUACAGGAACGAACUUAUCAGCUUUAGGUUGUAGAGCAGAGCAUAUCUUGAGGAGACAAGACCAUAGUUAGAGUUCUACUUCUAAUUAUGGAAGAAAAAAAAAGGUUGUAAAAGAAAACAUGAACUCUGUAGCUGAGGACACAAGAGCUGGCCAUCCCCCUUCCACAUCAUGUAAAAACUCUGAAAAUUCUGAAGAACCUCCAAGAAAAAUUCUUAAAGUGUCAAGCAAUGCAUGCAAAAUUGCAUACGAUGCAGAACUACACGAUGCAGUUAAAAGAAAUGACAUAAGCUCUGUUCGUGCUAUUCUGCUGCGCCAGCAAAGUUCAGUUGAAGCAGGAGACUAUAAUGGUAACACUGCCUUACACAUAGCUGCAUACUCAGACAAUAAAGAAAUUGUUCAGAUGUUACUUACCGCAGGAGCAAGUACCAGAAUUCAAAAUGAUUUAAACCAAACGCCUCUUCAUUUGGCUCUUCGUUGGAAUAAAAAUUGUGCUGCUGAAGUACUUGUGAAUUGGGAUGCAGGUGAGGCGCCGAAUGACCUUCAAGAUGAUCGUGGAAGGACUCCUUUAUAUUUUGCAGUAAUUGAAGGACAUACAGAGAUAGUGAAGAAACUAGUAGCUGCAGGUGCAAACACCUGCCUCUCCGAUGCAGCGGGACGGACACCUUUACAUGUUGCUAUAUACUAUAGAAAAGAGGAUGCAGCAAAUGCCCUUAUUGAGUGUGGUGCAGUAAACGAUCUUCAGAACAAAGAUGGAAGAAGUCCUUUGCAUUUCGCUAUAUCGGAAGGAUAUGUGGAAAUAUGCAAGAAGCUGCUUGCUGCUGGUUGCAAUGUCCGUCUUCAAGACCACAGAGGCUCUUCACCCCUCCACCUUGCUCUUAAUAGGAGAGAUGACACCGUAGCUAUGGUCCUUGUGGACGUCGACAGCGAAAACGACCUCCAGGACGUUGACGGCUUUACUCCCUUGCACUUAGCUUCAAAAAGAGGAUUUAUUCCAAUAGUCCAGAAAUUGCUGUCUGCACGUGCCAAUCGCUAUCUGAAAGAUAAUAAAGGUCGUACUCCCUUGCACAUAGCCUUAGAGCGCGAAAAUGAACUGGUAGUUGAAAUUCUUAUUGAUUCAGUUGCUGACAAUGAAAUUCAAUGUGAAGAUCAGAAACCUCUCUUGCAUUUUGCUGCAAGGAUGAAAUGGGCAAGUGUUGUGAGAAAGUUAUUGUUUUGUGAUGUACACCCACACACUAAAGAUAGUGAGGGAGUAUAUCCUCUUAAAAGUGCUCUGAAGUACAAAAGUAAGGAAAUUGUGAAAAUGAUCCUUUCAGUAUGUUCCUUGAAAGGCAUUGCAAUUAACUGGGAGGAGCUAGAUCUUACACCGGAUGAAAGCGAGCCUUGCAUCAAACUACUGUCUAAAUAUGACGCUGAGACCCAGCGGAUGAAAAGCACAAUGAUUCCUGGAACUAGCGUCUCAUUCCAUGACCUUGCAAAGAGAUUCAUAAGCACAGUGGCACAGUAUCUCAGCAAUGAACUUAUCCAAAAAAUUUUAAGCUCUGAUAACACAAUUGAAGAAUUUCCAAACUAUGCCGAGCUGAUUGCUUUUAAAAUGGAAAAAGCCAAACACAGAAAAAUCUUGACUGAUCAGUUUCUAAAGAACUUUGAUCUCUUGUCCAGAAAGCUACCUUCUAUACCCACAUUGUGCGUCAACAUUAUAAUACUCUUCUUGAGUAAUCAAGAUAUGCAAAAUUUUGUAGAAGCUUUCAAAUUCAAGCCUUAAAUGAUUUUCUGGAACAAAGCAAAAAAAGUGCCCUUUUAUCUGCUAGUCCUACAAAAUAAUCAAGACUACAAAUUUCGUAUUAAAUUCAAGCACUAGCGCAGCCAGAAAACCUUCUGGAAGGAUUUUUUGAUCAAAAAUAUGAUCUGGAGGGGGGGGGGGGGUGAUAAAAAUACCUGCUGUGGUAGGUUUUUGACCAAAAAUACCUUCUGGAGGUACCUUAAAGCAGUCCUUUCAUAUGUUUAAACUAAUGUAUUAGAGUAUGCAUCUAUGUUAAAACCAAUGCGUGGCAGGGGCGGAUGCAGACUACCAUUUUAGGGGGGGUGACGUGGAAGAAUGACCCUACCCCCUCCAUUCUCCAUCAGUGAAGAUAUGGUUUUGGGUACAAAAAAUUUCUGAAACUGAUUGGGGACCAAUAAAAUGCACCAAAUCAGCCAAUAAGGCACUUAGUUAAGCAGGAAACUACUAAUUAAUUUUAUAAGCUAUAAAAAGAAUUAAUGUUUCAAAUAUUUACUUCAAAAAAUGAUUAAAAAAUUGAAAAGACUACUGAAAUCGUUUGCAUUUUAUUCAUAAACUGUUUGGACACAAUGUGGAUGGAUAAUAUUGUUGACGGUUUAGGGGGGGGGGGGUCUUACCCCCAUGACACUCUCCGUGUAUCCGCCUUAGAUCAUUAACACAAUUGUCUAAAGUAUCUACCACUGGCAUCUGAGGGGUGUUUUAACCCCUCCUCCCCCUUCCCUUCGCUGUGCCAUUGAAUUCAAGUAUACAAAUGCAAAAAUUGUUUCUUGUUGGUGCUUUAGUCUUUUGUAGUAAAAGGGUUCAAUUAAGUUUUCAUUCCAUGGGCUGUGAACAUUUUUAGGGCCUGAAUGUGAAAAUUUUCAUAUGAAUAUCUGAGAAGCAAAGGGAAUAAUUGAUUAAUCUGUACACAUAAAGGGCUGUUACAUGAAACUUGGCUUAAUCCUUCAAUCAUGGUUAAUUCUGAGAUAAACUUGAUGUGGUGCAUAUGUUGUUUUUAAAAGCAUUCAGUAACAAUGCUUCAUAAUUUAUAAAAUAGCUAUUAAAAAUUGACAUUAUUUUGCUCUUUGUAAUUAUUGCUUGAAAAAAUAGCUAGGAAUUGAAAUUUUGAAUAUCCAAACUAUCGAGGUUUUUUCUAUAGAGCAGAGUUUCUUAAAUUGU